CCGCUUUCGGCUUUGCCAGAAGUGUCAGGCCCAUCGCCUUUAGAGCUCAUUGUGUUAGCUGUGGCAGACACCGAGAGAGCAGGCUGUGUGUAGUAAUGUAAGAACGACGUCUGCACUUUAUUCCAUCAGAUAGUGCCCAGUCAGGUGUGUGGCGCAGCUUGUCACGCUUUGCUUCUACACUCCAAACACACUAACACCUGCACAUACACACUCCAGCAGGCCAUCAACACGUCGGGUCCUGACAAUCAACGGAACUUUGUCUGGACCUUGAACACAGUCGGCUUCAGAUCAGUGUGUGUGAGUGUGUGUAUAAUCUGGAGUGCACAAAGGUGCUGACUGCACCCAGUGGAGCAUGUUGGACAGGAAGAGUUGGGCAGGUUGAUGCUGCACAAUUAUACUGUGUGAUAACCUGUGAUUAUUCUGAGGAGCCUAGAAUUACCAAGUAAAAAUCACUGUCCAUUCACGCUACAGUGUGUACAUGAUGGAGUAUUGACAAAGUUCUAGCACUCGACUGAAUAAUGGCAUAUACCUUUGAGGUAAAAUGACAGAACAAAAUAUGUAAUAUCUGAAACUAUAGUGUCUGACUGCAGUUUGCUCAACCCAUUACAAGUUGUCUAUUUUACACAAGGCAAUCAUUUUCCCUCACUGUCAUUAUAGAGACGCAAUCAAACUUGAUGGAUUUUAGUUGACCUCAGCUAUCUCCACAUGAGUUGCAGAAAGAUAGUCUGUCUUUUCAGAGGUCUAGUCAGUUUGCUCAUAUUUUCAAGUAUAUAGAUAUUUUCAACUUCUUCCAUUUGAUUUGUUGGAUGAAACGUGUUCAACUGUUUGAGGAUAAAGAUUGUUGCUCCAGAAACAUUUGUCCUUGAAGGCAUAGCAGUGAACAUAGGUCUAUUCUGAAAGUAAGUAUACAAUUAAAACCUUUUCAGAUAGAUUGAACUUGUUUUGGAAGAUUUUAUUGUGGUUGUUUCUAACUGAAAUACAGAAUCAAUAAUGCUUUUCAUUCCUGGAAUCAGUGUGGUUUGACCUGUAAGAGACAAGCAGCCUGUUUGCUGUUGUGACUAAGUGUGUAGUUGACUGUUUGGACUCCUGCCUACAACUGGCUUAGCUCUAAGUGUACAGUUGGUGAAGGGAUAAUUAAAUUGUCUCUCUUUCAGUUAACUGCAUAACUGCCAUUGUUGGUAAAGACAGCAGUAUUGCAGGUCUGGACAUGAUAAGUUUGGUUUGUGGAGGCACGGAGCAGUGUGGUUAAAAAAAUCUUACUUAUCCCACUUUGUUUUGAUUAAAUGGGACUGAGCUGCUGCGUAGCUUUGUAGCAUCAGAGCUCCACAUUAUAUGGAUUUACCACAAUACGUAUUGGCACUUCUUUCAAGGUGGCACAGGCUGCUGCUGCCAGCAGAGGAACUGCUACUCUAAGCUCAUCUCUGUGUGCCUUGUGAUAUUGUGUCUAAAUUACUUGCUCUGUUAUCAUUUAGAGCUCUGACCACACUUGUGUGUAUUGCAUGCAAGCUCUGCUACAAGUCAGUCUUAUGUGACUUUGCAGUAAAAACAGUUUCAGUGAUAGAGUGCACCACAUAAGAGUUCUUUCUUUAAGUGUUGCCCUUAAACAACAACUUCUCUCUGACUGCGCUUGAGUUAAGCUGAGCAGUCUGCACGUGUCUGCAGCAUUGCAGUUGAGAACAAACCGGAGUGCGAGUGUGUGUGGACUAGUUUGUCUGUGGCAGAGGAUCCAGGGUCACAGAAGAGCCAUUGAUCAAAUGUGCACAGGCGCACACACACUCAAGCUCACAGAUACGCGCACAACUUUUCAAUACACAAUGAGGCCUGUCCAAAGCUCUGUCCUCUGCCGCCUCCUGCCUGCUCCCUUCUCUUUGGUCCUGCGCAGCCUGGUUCUAGUCCUGCUCUGCAUCACUCCCCGUUGUCAGGCGGUGCAGGCAGAGAAUGUGACAGUCCUGGAGGGAGGCACGGCUCAGAUUUCCUGUCGCCUGCAGAACUACGAUGGCUCAAUUGUGGUCAUUCAGAAUCCCCGCCGACAGACUCUGUUUUUCAACGGCACACGAGCCUUGAAGGACGAGCGCUUCCAGAUGGUGCUCUUUACACCACGGCUGGUGCGCAUCACACUGACCAAUGUCAGCGUGUCGGACGAGGGUGGCUACUUCUGCCAACUCUACACGGAUGCCACACAUCACCAGGUGGCGACGCUCUCCGUUUCGGUGCCCCCAGAGACGCCUACAGUGGAGGUGAAGCAGGAGGUCGUGGAGGGCGGUGAGGCAGAGCUCACCUGCGUGUCGCCGCGCAGCAAGCCGGCUGCCACCCUGCGCUGGAUGCGUAAUGGCCGUGAAAUACCAGGUGUCGUAUCCCAUCAGGACAACGGGAAAACGUUCAGUGUGUCUAGCACCAUCCGUAUCCCAGUAGAAAGGAAAGACAACGGGGCGGCAUUGAAUUGUGAGGCUCUCCACCCUGCACUCAAUGGGCAGAAGAGGAUUCGACAUUAUCGCCUGGAUGUGUAUUUUGCUCCCACAGUCCGAAUCGUUCCUCCUUCAGGCAUUUUGCGUGAGGGCGACUCACUCAGUCUCACCUGCUCCAUCACUGGGAAUCCUCUGCCAAGAAAUAUUCAGUGGUCCAAGAUAAAUGACACCUUACCUGAGAGGGCAGAGAUUUCUGGGCCCACUUUUCAGAUUUCCCGUCUCAGCCAAUCACACAACGGGACAUACUUGUGCCAAGCCCAGAACAACUUUGGACGCGCUGCUGAUCAUUACACUCUGUUGGUGUAUGAUAAUGUGUCAGUCACUACCAUGGUCGCUCCCACUCCUUCUACCACCCAACCAAUCACCUCCCAUAAUGCCACUCCAACCCUCCUGUCACCCAGCUUCGCCCCGGACCCAAAAGAUCCUGGUGCAGUUGUAGAGGCUCACAGUGCAGUUCCUUAUGCAGUGAUAGGCGGCGUCCUGGCCUUGCUGGUUUUCACUGUCAUCUGUGUCCUCAUUGUCACCAUCUGGUGCUCUGUCCGGCAGAAAGGCUCAUACCGAACACGAGAGCCUAUUCUUGCCUGGUAUUGACCUAACAAUCAGUUAACUAAUGGAUUAAUCAGUCACAGGUUCCUAUCUUACUCAUGAGGCCAGCGGGUUGGAUGAACAUGGCGAGGUGCAGGAGGCCUUCCUCAAUGGGAACGAAGCAAGCCAGGGCAAGAAGGAGUACUUACUGUAGCCCUUCUCUUUUCCUAAUCCCUUCUCUUCUGACCUCAUACCCUUACCCUUUCCUCUCCCUGUCUCCCAACCGAUAUACAGUAUCCACACACACACACACACACAAACCACACACAUGUACACACACACAAACACUUCUACACAAUACGCCAUAACAGGCGGCCUUCUGAAAGCGACUGUAUACAGAUACUGCACAUAGCCAAUCCAUCCUGCUCCAUUCCACUCCAUAUCCUCUAUGUACACUCGUAUAACCCAAGAGACAGACUGAGAGACAGAGAGCUUCUAGACAUGCCAGACAGUAACGACUGUGCCAUAUACUAUAAGUCGAAGACACUGGGGAAAGACGAGAGGAGUGUUAGAGAGUGGGUACAGGGUGAAUUGAAUGUAUACAAAAAUUAAAUCAUGCCAUAAUUAUUUUGAUCGAGAGGGAAGAGGGCAACACAAUGAAAAGCAGCACUUUGCCUGUGCAGCCGCCAAAGUGAAAGGGGAAUUAAAGGCAGAUGACGGCUAUAAUUCCCUGCCUGAAGAAUAGAAGAAUCCAUUUCACAAAGCGUAGUCUUUAACUGAAGGAUACAGUACGAGUGCUAUAAGAAAAGAAAGGGGGAACAAAAAGGAAAAGCAAAGUUGUCCAAGAACUAUUGAGUGCUUGAAACUAAAAUUCAAUUCUUUUUUUCUUUUUUCAAUCUUUUACAGUAUUUUGGAAGAGUUCAACUCAUACAUAAUUCCCUAACAACACUGCAAUGAGAUAAACUGUAGUCCCAUGAACUAUCCAUACUUCAUGAAGAAGCUAACGGUCCUUUUUUGCAUCCUGUACUGGGUGGUCUGCCAAUUAGUAGAAAAAGAAAAUCAGCUCCAAAUUAUGUUUCUUACUCUCUUGCUGCAACAUUGAAGGAAAGAUGAUUCCCUUCUCUUCUUAUUUGCUUUCUAUAUACUCUGUCUCCUAUGUACACCUGUUACCAUCCUCUCCUCUUUCCUUCUUAUAUCUCUCUUCCUCUCUGUCUGGCCCCCCCCCCUCUAUCGCUCCUCCUUUGUUGGCUCCUAAUAAUGAAAGGAUUAAUGUUGGGCUGCGUUCCCGAAGAAAGAAAAAAGGAAUAUGACUUGCUUAGGCAUUAAAGAGAGGCUUAAUUAUUUUAGAAUGUCAUUAAGAGGAUAAAACGGUUUAAAAGUCCUAAUAUAAAGGGCAAAUGGAGUGAUAGCAAAAGGAGUGAGUGAGAGAAGAAAAUGGGUGGAUAUUUUUUCUGAAUGCUACCACACACAUGCAGCUACAUACACACACUCAUAUGAACAGUAAACACGCUGACAGAACAAAUAUACAUAUCUCUGAAUUCUUUGUUUGUAUAAAAAAAAGAACAGUGACAUAAAUUAAAUUAAACUUUUAAGAAAUAAUGAAACUGUUUACUAUUGAAACGCAUUAUGAAGCAACUAUACUAACACAGAAUAUUAGCCUAUAGAGGUGCAAAGCCGAACAAACUACUGUCCAGUGGUCUUUAAAAAAAUGAAUAAAAGAAUAAAAAAAAAAUCAUUUGUCUUUAUGAAAAACCAGAGGUCUUAUUGAUUUUUUAAAUAAUUAUUGUUAUUAUUUGAACAAUUAUGAUUGUUGUUACAGUUAUUAUUAUUAUUGCCGUUGUUAUUAUUACAAUUGUAAAUGUUAAAGAAAUGUACACUUCCCAUGGUUUGUUUUUGGUUCUACUGUAGAGAAAUUGCUGUCAUUUUUUCACUCUUUUCGUCUUACCUUUCCUCGCUAUCCCAGUAUUUCUCGCUCUCUUUGUCUCCUGUGCCUAGUCGUCUCUUCUCCUGUCUUUCACUCUUGUUUACUUUAGAGUCCAUGUGUCACUGUUGAUAUAUAGCUAACUAUUUCUUUAUAGGGGAAAGAUAAAAAGCACGACAAAAUAAAAAACAAUCCAAAAAUAA